AGCACCGGAGGCUUUCGUCCUGUUUGUAUUAUCCCAUGGCGCGAGCGAUGGAACGAUUUUCACUGACCACUUAUCGACUGACUCCAAUGUUAAGAAGUCGAAAUAUGAACACUACUUAACUUCUGACGUGUGGAGUGGCCUGCACGAGAAGAACAUGCCGAAGCUGAGCAACUGCCUCAAAAUAUUAGUUUUCGGCUCGUGUCGGGGCCCAAAUAGCGAACUCCGUCUUAUGACACAAACCUUAACUACCUGCGUCGUUGGUUCAAAAUCAAUGUGGAUAACCGCAAAACCCAACAGCGAAAAUUUUGUUAUCUUUUAUUCCACUGUAGAAGCCAAUGUGGCCAACACUGAUGAAAAGGGUACGUGGCUGGUCACUGAAUUCUGCAGGGAGCUAAUAAACAUGAGCAACGACACGGAUUUGAUAAUAUUUCUAAAUAGAGUGCAACGACGGAUUUGUGGCAGGUCUACAUUGGACGGCAGCUUUGCUCAGACACCUCAAAUUCAAUAUUUUAAACACAAGAAAUUCACCAUUUAUGGGUGUCCAGUCGUUGAGAAAAAUGACGGAGAGUGUAUCACAGACCCCUCCCAACUAGUAACUGUGGAAAAAAAGGAUUUCUACACCUGGCGCUCGGAAAAAAGGAUACUUUUCAGGAGGGGCCGAGCGUUGAUAUUCCAUGACCAACAACAUUUAAUACAGGCUACGGAGUUCCAAAUGAGCUUUCAAUAUUUGGACUUUGAAACUGAGAUUUACAGUAUUGUGCAGCUUGCACAGGUUGUCAAGAAAGUUUCCAUGGCUGCGGAUUGUGGCUUAAUUGAAGAUGGCAGUUUAGCCAUUUGCGUUGUGGCCAAAUUGAGAGAAGAUAAGGACCAGGAAUUAAUCUUGAAAGUGUCAGACAAGGAAAAGGUUUUAGUCAACAACAUCACUCGUUCAUUCAUUGGCACCGAGUCAAAAGAUCUGGCUGGGAAACCAAAAUUGUUCUUUUUUAUUGACCAAGGAAAUGAUAUGGACACGCUAUUCGUAGGAAAGUCUGCUGAAGAUUUUGUUGUUCAUGGGAACAACCAUAGCGAGAUUUUCGUUUUCAUGGGAGUGGGGAGUCCCGGUGAUGACACGGAGGAAAAUCUUGUCAAAGUUCUAGCACAUGGAUUAAGAGACCCGAAAUUGAAGAAAGGCCUGAGUUUGCAGGAAGCUAUCGUGAACAUCAUCCGCCGCUGCGCUGUUGGGAACCGUGUGUUGCCCCAGGUGUCGAGCACUUUGUCACGACUGCUGGAUUUUCCACCAUGCUCGAACGCGUAUAUCAAACCAUCGUUCAAAAUGAAAGACUACGCAAAUCCUUUUUCUUUUGAAGAAAUUGGUGAGCAGAUUAUAGAAACCGCAAAAUGUUCAGGUCCAAAGGACAACUGGAGGAUACGAGCGUGGCUUCUGAGUUCAAGUGCUGGACUCGGGAAAUCUGCCGCCACGAAGGAGAUGGCCAGGCAGCUGCGUGGGAAGCUGCCAGAGUUUCUCAUAGUCUGCAUUUACCUUGUCAAGGCAAGCCAAUUUUUGCUCAACGAAGAUCAAGAAAAAUCUGAGUAUCGUCGAUUAUUGACUUACGUGCUUAAGGAUAAUGAUGUAAAUAUUAUUGAGCAAAUUCAACAAAAGAAAAUAAUUGUUCUCGUUGAUGGAUUUGACGAGAUUUGUCCUUCCUACGAGGACUUGGUAUUAAAAUACCUGCGUGACAUGAACACUGCGAAAAUUCCGUUGUGGAUCACAACUAGAGUUUACAGAGAAAAAAGUAUAAGAGAUAACGUCCAUAAGCUCAACGUUUUUGAUUUGGUGCCGAUGAACAAGGAAGAGCAAAUACAUCUCCUCAGAACCCUCCUGUACAAAAACCGGGAGGAAUGUGAAGAUCUACUGACAAGAAUCAACAAAGAGUUCGCAGCAACCCCUCUUCAUCUGAAAAUGAUGGCAGAAUCUGCUGACCGUCUCAGCAGCAUGGAAGGUGGCCUACACUCGCUGUACUAUCACUUCGUGGUCAACAAAGUGAGGUCUGCUAUGCUUAAGUUCAGCGGCACAGACGAGAACGCACCAAAUUUUGCAGAGGUUUUACAAGAAAAGUUAGAACUUCUGACCAAAGUGGCCAUGAACUACUUCUUCCCAGAUAACUUGCCCUCUGCAGAUGAUCUCCGGAUAACAAAUAAGGAUCGCAUUAAUGAACUUGGAAUAGCAAUAGUGACUUUUGAUAAAAAGAAGCUCAAGUCGAUUAUAUUCGUUCACCAAACAUUCGCCGAGUUCUUGGUGAGCUUGCUAUUUCUUUCAAAGGCCGGUCACAACGUCAUGAGGAUACCAAAGCGCGAAGAUUUCCUGGAGGACAUUGAAAGUAUAAACCUGAGCGAGUUUCUAUUGAAGAACCAGUUUGACCAAGUGAGAGCUUUCAUCGAUAAUUAUUUUGUGGGAAGCUCAAGAGACGAGAAGGUGAGGGUUACACAUUUACACAAUGCCUGCGAUCCACCUACACUGAAGUCACAAAAAACUGACCUCAUGGCGUUUAUCUGCAAAGAAGGGCAUUCCAGACUGUUCCAACUUUUAUUUGAGGCCAGUUUUAAAUCCAAUUUCGAAGACAUUACCAAGCUGGUGAAUACUCCGUUCCAAUAUGAUUAUGAAAACAAGACAUACAGCUACUACCCGCUAUACGCAGCGUGCUUUUCUAGCGAAAAUUUGGCACUGCAUUUGCUGGACAAAGGCGCAAAAUUAGAUCUCCUCAAACCACCUGAAUGUAUGAUUGAAGGUGGAGGCAAUAUUUUGCAUUUGACAGCCAAAAAAGGUCUAUCAAAAAUAACAAAAAGAAUUAUUGCCGCGCUUCCCGAGUUGUCCGACGGAGAAAAUGAUGCUCGGAACAUUCCACUCGACAUUGCCGCCAAGAGAGGCCACUUGGAUUGCGUUAAAGUUUUCAUAGAAGCGUGCAACAGCGAAAACGAGAAAAUCCAUUUACGAAAAAGAGCAUUGGAAUUUGCAGCAACAGAAGGUCACCGAGACAUGGUCCGUUUUUUGAUGGGCGAUAACUUAGACGUGCUGAAGGACAGAAAAGGCUACCCACCAAUAUAUCUUGCGGCAGGAGAGGGUCAUGUUGCUCUAGUGGAAGAACUAAUUGACGCCACUGGACAGGUAGAUGUCCAGGCUGAUGAGGAUGGAAGAACUGCAGUACACGCAGCUUGCUCUAAUAACCAUCUUGACGUUUUAAUUUUGCUUCAUAAAAAGGGGGCUAACCUGCAGCAACAGGACAAAGUUCUGCGUGCUCCGUUGCACUUCGCAACCAUACGAAACAGCCAAGAAUGCUGCGAAUAUUUGCUGGACCAAAAUGUUGAAGUUGAUCCUAAAGAUAAAAUCGACGAAACUCCUUACAUUCAUGCUGCAUCAAGUGGGCAUUUGAAAGUGCUGAAGCUAUUGGAGAGGUACGGAGCUGAUAUUUAUGCAAAAAGUGUACCCAUGAGGUUUCCAAACCGGCACUUUUUCGGUCCUAUGACUGCUUUGGAUAGAGCUGCUUUCCACUCGCAAUCUGAGUGUCUAGCUCACUUGUUAGAUCGUGAUUAUUCUGAAGAUGUUAGAAGACACGCAUUUUGGUUGGGCCUCACAUAUGAAUGUUAUGAUGGAGAACGUUUGCAGAAAGUGUUAGAGGUUUUCUUGGAGAAAGGAUUUUCAACAGAAUUUGACAUUAUGGAAGGGGAAACUCCGAUCGUGGUUCUAGCCAAGAGAUGCAAAGAGUAUUGGUACAAAAAUAAGAACCAACUGGAGCGACAUCCUUUCUUCCCUGAAGAUAAAAUCAACAUGGAAGCUCCUUUCUUUCAUCGACUAGCAGAAAUGAAUCCUGCUAGCACACCAAUAGAGCCAAAUCCUUACCUGGCAUGCAUCACCUAUUUGAUCCAGAAAGGCGCGAAUGUCGAUCACGUGCCAUUUUCAGGUGGAGGUGCUAUGCACAUAGCUGCCGAGAACGAUGAUUUAAUACUCAUGAACGUUCUUUUAAAAAAACAAUGCGAAUCCCAGCGUGCUGGACAACAUUUAUCAAAUGACUCCACUUCAUUACGCAGCUGAAAAGGGAAAUCUUAAAGCUGUUAAAUUUCUGCUUGGGAUCGAAGGCGUAGAAAUCGAUGUUAAAGACGCAACUGAAAGAACACCAUUGAUGCUCGCAGUUGAAGGAAAUCAUUCAGCGGUCGUCAAAUUUCUUUCAAAAGAAAUGGUAAAGUACUUAAACAUUUCCUGCUCAUGCUCCUACAAUGGCUUCAUUCUUUCAUUAAUGGCAAGUGACGAUGUUUUUUUAAAUAUUUAAAAAUAAGAAAGUAUAACAUUUACAAUUUGUCUUAAAAAUGUUAAGAAUCGGGAAAAUGCAAUUCUUCAUAAUAUUUAGGCUUAACAACUGUAAAUUGACUUUUAAAAUAAUUUAACUGCUCUAACAGGCUGCCAGGAGUGGCGAGAGAGAUUUGGACAUCAUCCUUAAGCGUUAUCCGCCUGACCAACGGCAACGUGGCCUUGACGAAGCACUUUGUAACGCUGUAGACGAAGGAAACGUUGACCUGGUGAUUGACUUAUUUGAACGGGGAGCAGUGGUCAGUAAAUGCAACGUGAACUUUCGUUCCCCACUCGGGGUGGCGAUAGAGAGAAACAGCAAAAAAUUGGUCAGGUUGCUUCUCAGUCUGAUGAGCCACGAGGAUCAAACCGUAGCGGCAAGCUCAGCCUUGAUUAUUGCAGUUCGAAAGGGAAACCUCGAAAUCGUGAAUUUACUUGUAAAAGAUUUUGGAGCCGACAUUAACGUGAGGGACGAUAGCGGGACUAGUGCGAUUCUGUUGGCGUUCAUUUACUGCGAAAGCAGAAUCAUUGACUACUUGCUAGAGUUUGAGCAUUUGGACCUCGUCACGCCGUCAAACAACGGUAGCGCGCCAAUUCAUUUUCUUUUCCAUAUCCAAGAUCAACAAGUGCAAAAGAGGCUAGAGAGGAGAAUUAAGGAUCAAAUGAAAACUAGAGAAUUAAUGGGUCAAGCAGGGGAUUUAUAAACAAGACCCACAUGAUUUUUGUUCUAGUUAAUAAGUCGUAUCUCUUGUUUAUAACUAAUUGUAAGUUACAAUAAAAAAAUAAUUUGUAAGCAAAAAGCUCUAGUCUUGUGCAUUUUCCCUUCUGCAGGCUUCAUAAAACUGCUUUCACGCCAAACCUAAAGCCAUAAGUGGCACAACUAACAAAAGCGAGAUGGAUAUAAAAUAUUUCACGUUUCUCAGGAGCCGAUUUGUUGCGUCUUCCUG